GACUUACUGUAUUUUUAUGAUUUUCUUUGUUGCUUCAAGAAUCAUGGACUGUACUACUACCAUAUGUGGAGCCGCAUCGGCUGAUUGCGUGAACCAUUGAAUUGUGGAUACCUUGGGAUUGAGAUCAAAGAGAUCAAGAGCCAGGCAUCAUGAUUCGUAUGAAAUGAAAAGAAGAAACAUGGACUGUGACCGGAUGACUGGAGCUCUGCUGGAUUAUUGUUCCAUAUUUUUAAAUUAAGCUGUAUGGAGCCGAAUGCGAUUGCAAACCAGGCAUCUUGAUCCGUAUGAAAUGAAAAGAGGAAAUAUUAAAACCAUUUGUGGAGCUCUACCGGAUUUUUGGACAACCAUGUAGUCGAACUGUAAUGGGGUCAAAGAGAUCAAGAUCCAGCAUAAUGCCUGAUCUGCACCGGAUGAUUGCGUGAACCAUGUAAUCGAACUGUGGGGAACAUGGAUCAAAGAGAUCAAGAUCCAGACAUCAUCAUCCGUAUUAAUUGAAAAGAAGAAAAAUGGACUGUGACUUCCACAUGUGGAGCUGCAUCGGCUGAUUGCGUGAACCAUGUAGUCGAAUUGUGGAUAUCUUGGCAUUGGGAUCAAAGGAAUUACGAAUCAGGUAUCCGGCUUCAAAGUAAAGGUAUUGGACAAAUAUUUUCCUGAUGGGCAUGUGAGUGAAAUUUGUUGUUAAAUUGAAUACGAGUUCGGGUUGUACCAAAUAUCUGGUUGUAUUUCUGCUUGUAAAUUUGUAAGAUAUGUCUGGUUAAUUGGUUUGUGGAGGCGGGAGGUCGCCAAACCUAACUACAAGUCAUAAGUAAUAAUUUUAAUGUAUCUUUACUCAUCAAAUAAUUUUAUCUACUGUGUCAUCGAUGUGAACAGAGACGCGAAAGCAGUAUAAAAAUAAGUAUAUUUUAAGGGCGGCUUGUUAGAAAAGACACAACUACGAUGCGAUUCACAGCAUUUCAACGCAGUUGUUGGCUGUUGGUAUGGACCUUCACUUGGACGCUCCAUCACGCAUACGCAGAGGAGGAACUGAAAUUGAGUUCCUUGAAGGAAGAACUAUUCAUAGAUCGACGACCGCCGCCGAGCGUGGAGGAGAUAUACAAACUUAUCGAGCAAGAGCUACCAUCAUUGCCGCUGGAAUUUAUGCAACGCCACAUCGAUGAUGAACUACGUCUCAACGACAGCUGUGCGCCAUAUCCACAACUAAUGCAAUUAGAAUUCCACAACACUUAUUGGCAAGUACAUCGCAGCGAUAAUCUUACUUUCUACCUUUAUGGCGCCUACUACGACAAUCGCACAGCAGUGGUGAGUCACGAAGGUGCGCCGCUGGUGCGCAUACUCGCUUCGGUCAAUGUUAUCGAUGUGGACUUGAAAGACUAUCGGCCCAGCUAUUGUCAGUUGUGGUAUGAAGAGCACAGUGUGCCGUUUAUUGUGCCCGUGCACGCAUACCGCCAGCUCUGGUAUAAGCCCUGGGAUGGCAAUCCUGAGCUUUAUUUUCCGCAAUUCGUUGAGUGCGCCAUUCCGACGGAGGUGCAACAUUUAGUGCCGAAAACCGUUUCGUUGGUAGCGUCCGAAUGUGCGCGCGCCACAAAUAAUCUAGGCGUAAUCUAUGAGCCGCCCGUAAAUCAACCGCAGCGCGGCUUUGCAGUUUGUUCGACGGGUCUCUUUAAUCCAUAUCGCGAUAAUUCGGUGCGUUUGGUGGAAUGGUUGGAGCUUUUACGUCUAUUGGGAGCCGAGCAUGUGAUGUUACCCACAUUCGGCAUACAUCCGAACGCGACUAAAGUGUUGCGGUACUACGAAGCCGAAGGUUUUGUUUCAGCACCGGGCAUAUCAUUUGCACGUGGCGAACCGUCAUUGCCACACAUCGCCUUCGAGAUGAUAAAAGCCAGCCUCGGCAAUCAUCGUGUUAACGAGUUGAUACCGUUAAACGAUUGUUUAUGUCGUAAUAUGUACAAAUAUGACUAUAUAGUUAUAAUUGAUGUGGAUGAGGUCAUAAUGCCUGUGGGCGCAACGCGUAACUGGGCGGAUAUGACACCAUUGGCUGAGGCGCAAACGCGUCAAGACGAUUGUGAAGAGGGCGCCUCAUCGCUUUGCUUUCGCAAUGUCUAUUUUCCAGCAUAUCCCGAACGCAAGCCAUUUAGCGAUGCCGUCCCACAUUAUAUGUACAUGAUGCAACAUGUAGCACGUGUGGCAGAUCAUUUGGAACCAUACGUGGCUACUAAAUGUUUUCACAGUACACAUUCUGUAGUCGGUGUACAUAAUCACUUUCCAAUGCAAUGGGUAGCUGGAUGUCACAUGCGUUCCGUCAACGUGUCCAUCGGUCAAAUGCAACACUACCGUGAACCCGAUAUACCCGAGACGCUAGAGAAUCCGGUUAUCGAUGAAGUCAUAUGGCGCUACAAGGAGCCGUUAGUACAGCAUACGCAGGCCGUAUUGCGGCAACUGGGACUGUUGCGUUGGGUGGAGGUACCAUUAAAUGAUGCACAAGAAGAAGCUAUAAUAGUAGAGAAACCAAUAGAUGUAGAACUCAAAAGUAGUCAAACGGCACAGAAGCUCGAGUCAAAAGUUGAACCAGAGUCUAAUAUGGAGAAAGACUCCGUAGCACAAAGCGCCAAAACGGCAGAACAUUUCGAACUUUGAUUUACGAUCUAGUUGUUGUAGCUAAAUUUCAAAAAAAAUAUUAGAUGUAAAUUGCGAUCAUGCUUCAAAAACUACAGAUAAUCUAAUAGUUUUGUUUCUGUGGUAGUUGUAGUAUACUCUAGAGGUUCGCGUACAUAUAUUUUGUACUCAUUAGGAUAUUAAGCUUUUGUUCUUUCAUAGUCUAGCACAGUAAAUUUACAUUUCUAGUAUCAAAAAGGCUUUGUGUCCUAGCAGGACUUAAGGAUAAUUGAGUACGAUUAAGUAUAAGUAUAAGUGUAAACUUAAGUAUAAAUCCCAAUAUUAUUAGUAUAAAAAUAAAUAAGACUACAAAUAUGAGUAUGAGUAUAAGUAUGGAUACAAAUAUGAGUAUGAGUAUGAGUAUGAGUACAAGUAUGAGUACGAGUACGAGUACUUUAUUAUUAAUACAACUUUAGCCGAAUUAAAACCGUUAAAUAUUAUUACACUCAAAUCUUAUAAAAAAUGCAAUAAAAAUAUAAGUACUGUAAAUUUAUCGCUUCAACAAAUGUUGAAAAAUCAUAAGAUUUAAAAAAUAUAGGAGUGUGUUUGCAGUGAGUGCCUUUGGGGCACAUAAUGCUCGCGCGCAAAGCA